CUGUUUCCUAGGUGACUGAAACAAUACACCGAAACGAAAUUUUGAUCCUUGACUUUAGUUGUGUGUGAAGAAGAGAACAUUAUCACUAUCUUUGAAGGGAACAUUCAAUUACCUUCAGGAGUGAAAGAAGUUGGAUUCGUUGAACCAUAUUUCAUAAAUUUCACCCUGUUAGUAGUUUAUGUAUCCUUCUAAGACCAGGAGAGUUUCUUGUUCUUCAUGCACAUCAAUGGUGCAUUUGGCUAUUCAGUCCAUAUGGCAAACAGGUAUGGAGUCAACUUGAUUUAUAAGCAACAACCUCUAAUAAGAGGUCGUGGUGUUUCGUAUUGCAAGAAUCUUCUGUCCCCACGAUUUGAACAUGCAGAAACUCAUGAAGGGGAAUCCGAAGAGACACUUGACAAAACAUACUAUGUUUUCCUUCCUCCUGAGCUGUGUUUAGUGCAUCCGCUUCCUGGAUCACUAGUUCGAGGUGCUCAAAGAUUGCCCUCGAUAAUGAGGAGAGUUGAAAGCAUGCUGCUUGCUAUUCAGCUUAAGGAUAUAAUAAAUUAUCGUGUCCCUGCUUCAAAGAUCUUGGAAGCUUUGACAGCUGCUUCAUGCCAAGAGACUUUCUGCUAUGAAAGAGCAGAGCUUCUAGGAGACGCUUACCUGAAAUGGGUUGUUAGUCGAUUCCUUUUUCUAAAAUAUCCCCAGAAACACGAAGGUCAGCUCACUAGGAUGAGACAGCAAAUGGUGAGCAACAUGGUACUAUAUCAGUAUGCCUUACGUAAGGGGCUUCAACCGUAUAUCCAAGCAGAUCGAUUUGCUCCAUCUAGAUGGGCUGCUCCUGGGGUGCUACCUGUCUUCGAUGAGGAUAACAAGGACGUAGAGUUAUCCUUAUUUGAUCAAGAAAGAGAACUCAAUGGGAGUGUACCAGGAAAAGAUCACCUUGGUUACGGGUAUGAAGAUGAUGAAAUGGAAGAUGGUGAGCUUGAGAGUGAUUCUAGUUCUUAUCGAGUCCUCUCUAGCAAGACUCUAGCAGAUGCUGUUGAAGCACUGAUCGGAGUUUUUUAUGUUGAAGGUGGGAAGAAUGCUGCAAACCACCUAAUGAAAUGGAUUGGGAUUCAGGUGGAUUUUGACCCUGAAGAGAUAGAGUGCUCAAUCAGGCCUACCAAUGUUCCAGAGAGUGUACUUAGGAGUGUCAAUUUUGAUGCUUUAGAAAGUUCGUUGAACAUCAAGUUCAAUGAUAGGGGCCUAUUGGUAGAAGCUAUUACUCAUGCUUCACGGCCAUCUUCUGGAGUGUCCUGCUACCAGCGAUUGGAGUUUGUUGGUGAUGCAGUCUUGGAUCAUCUCAUCACAAGGCACUUGUUUUUCACAUACACAGAUCUGCCCCCAGGCCGCUUGACUGACCUUCGAGCUGCUGCUGUGAACAAUGAAAACUUUGCCCGGGUUGCUGUCAAACAUAAUCUUCAUUUGCACCUUCGGCAUGGUUCAAGUGCUCUUGAAAAGCAGAUUCGCGACUUUGUGAAAGAGGUUCAAAAUGAAUUGUCAAAACCAGGGUUCAACUCGUUUGGUUUAGGGGAUUGCAAAGCUCCAAAAGUUCUUGGUGACAUCGUUGAAUCUGUUGCUGGUGCUAUCUUCCUAGACAGUGGACGUGAUACUGCAGUAGUUUGGAGGGUAUUCCAACCUUUGUUGCAUCCAAUGGUCACUCCAGAAACGCUUCCAAUGCAUCCGGUGCGGGAGCUCCAAGAACGGUGCCAGCAACAUGCUGAAGGCCUCGAGUACAAAGCCACUCGAAAUGGAAACUUGGCUACUGUUGAAGUACUUAUCGAUGGUGUCCAGGUUGGGAUAGCUCAAAAUGCACAAAAGAAAAUGGCACAAAAGUUAGCUGCCAGGAAUGCACUUGUUGCUUUGAAAGAGAAAGAGACAGCUGAAGCUAAGGAGAGGGGUGAUGAGGACACGAAGAAGAAGAAUGGCAGCCAAACUUUUACCAGGCAGACUUUGAAUGACAUUUGCUUGCGUAGAAACUGGCCAAUGCCAUUAUAUCGGUGUGUGAAUGAGGGUGGCCCAGCACAUGCGAAAAGGUUUACUUUUGCUGUACGUGUGAAUACAUCAGAUAGGGGAUGGACGGAUGAAUGUGUGGGAGAGCCUAUGCCAAGCGUCAAGAAAGCCAAGGAUUCUGCUGCGGUUCUUCUCUUAGAACUGUUAAAUAAUUGGUAUUCAUGCCAGUAGUUUUAACAGAAGGUUCUUACCUCACGCCAGUGGCAAGUUAUUUUUGGUCGAACCUGCACUUUGUGUUGAAAGAUAUAAAUAUAUGGUGCAUGACACAGUAAGAAAGAGCACACAAAAACCUGCAAUACCAAAAAAAAAAAAAAAAGUUGAAAAGAAUUGGAACAUUUCUAGGUUGUGGUGAUGCUAUUGUGUAGUUGCAAACUGUUAUUCAUUUUUUGCUUUAUCUUCAAGGAUCAAGCAUCUAAGUGGUUUGUGUUGAAGUUGACUCGAGGAUUAUGAGUUCACGCUUGUCACGUUGUUUAUAAAUUUAUAGACAAUACUUCUGUUCCCUAAUUAUUCGUUGAAUUUUAUU